AUCAGUUCACUUUUCGAAUCGCAGCGGAGAAGAUGUUUCGGGUUUUUGGAUCCAUUUUAUUGUUCCUUGGCAUUUGCCUGGCGGAUGUUUUCGAUGAGUGUAACGAAGGCAAUAGCUUGUCGUUCGUUACCUCACCAAAGAGUUGCGCACACUACAUUUUCUGCAACGGCGAUGAGUCAUACGAUGGCGAAUGUGCGGAGGGGGAGUACUUCAGUGCCGAUAUGGAAAUGUGUGAGCCCAUGGGCGACAUUGAUUGUCGCACGGGAUCGGCAGUGGAAGUGGAUAGCUCCACGCUGAUUAACUCUGACGUGGAGACCACUGCACCGGUUCCUACGGAUGUAAUCACCACUUUGGCUCCGUCGGUGGUUAUUACGCUGCGCCCAUCAGUCGUCAAUCAAAAUGGGACCUCCAACGCGACUACGAUUUCACCUGGCAUAGAGGUUAUUGUGACCAAUAUGUGCCCACAACUGGAUAAUCAAAGUCGUAUCGCUUUGGUGCCAAAUCAAAACUCCUGCACCGAUUAUUACAUUUGCUAUCGUGGCGAACCCCUACCCAUGAGUUGUGCCGCCAGUUUGCACUUUAAUUCGCGCACUGGCAAAUGUGACCAUCCCGAAAACGUUAGAUGUCUGGCAUUGACAUCGAAUCCCAGAGAGCAGUGCAAACGACAUGUUAUAGAUGUUUAUCCGCAUUCCGGCAACUGCAAUUACUUCUACCAAUGUCGAUCGGGUUACCUGAUGGUGCAGCAAUGUCCUUUCUUCUAUGGAUGGGACUACGAGAAGCGAUCCUGUGUGGCGCUAAGUCAGGCCAAAUGCUACAAUAAAAUACAAAUGCAAAUGAAAUUUAAAUAAAUACAUAUCGAUCAAGUUAAAGGAACUAUUGAUUUUAAACAUAAGAUUAUGGGAAACUAAAUUUAUAUUUUAAGGCUGAACUUAAAUGGCAUU